GAUGAGGUGUAAGGUGGUGAUGGCGUGUCUUUCAGUUUCAAUUGCGAUUACGCUUGUUACGUUCGGCGGUGGCAUGAUUUCUACAAAUUACCCUGCUCUCCUCAGAAUAUAUAGACAGCCACAAUCAGAGAGGACGCAAGGACCGAACCCGGCGCUAGGAUUAAAAUGGAACGAAAUAACCGAGGUAGAAAGAAAAGAUGCCGCCAGACAAACAUGUUCUCCGCAUUCACAAAGUGAACAUAAUGGUUUCAAAACAGGGGACAGCAUCGAAACGAUCCUGGGUCGUAUCAAUUCGACAGAUCCAAAUUGGACUAAAAAAGUUGACAAUUGCUACACCUACGACGGGAAGCAGUCACCGAUUCCUGAGAGGUUGCUAGAGAAGAGACAGUGCCAAAAGAGAUUGCCAGUAGCCAUAGUCAUAGGCGUUAAGAAAGGUGGUACAGGUACCCUCAGUAGGUUCCUCGGUCUUCAUCCAGUCAUCUCCAUAACUAGGGAGAUGCCGUUCCCUGGAAAACAAGUCAAUGCUAGUUCUAUCACUAAAUGGAUCCAACUUAUGCGUUUCAGUAGUCCGUUCCAACUAACCAUGACAGAAAGUCCCGGUUUCUUUCAUUCUCAUUUGACCUUGGUCUUCCAAUCGUUCCUAUCGUCCAGUGUCAAGUUUUUUGUCAUCUUACGGGAUCCUGUUGAUAGGGCAAUCUCAGAGUACCUCCACUACGUAGCACAUUCCAACGCUCCCAAAGAUCGACCCUUUGACGUGAUCUACAAGAACGUCAGGAUCCAGGAAACGUUCGAAAAGACAAUACUGGAACCUGGCGGUGAUAUUGUUGUAUCAAAGUUCACAUGGCUAGGGCUGUAUAUCAUUCACAUACAAAAAUUACUGAAUUUAUAUGAGAGAGACCAAUUCAUGUUCAUUGACGGUGAUGCCUUUGCGAAAGACCCUUACCCAACUAUGUCGAAAGUAGAAGAAUUCCUUGGAUUACCAAAGUUCUAUAAACGAUCACACUUUGUAAAGUCCAAAACAAAGGGGUUCUUCUGUGCGCAAGUGCCAGAAAGACCCGAUUUCGGAUGUAUGAUCCCAUCGAAAGGACGCCCUCACCCCAACGUAUCUGAGGAUGUCUUGAGAAAGCUUCAGGACUUUUAUCGACCCUACAACAAAGCGCUUCGUGACCAACUUGGAUUGAACUUUUCUUGGAUUUAUAAAAAGAAAUAGGAGAUUGAUAUUGAAUAUGAAAAAUUGAAUACUUUUCCAGUUUUUAUCACUGUGAAUAAUACAAAUAUCAACCAAGGUUGGCUAGAUGACAUGCCACGUACAUCACAAAACUCUCACUAGGUAAUCGUAAUUUUAAAAGGGGUGGAGCAAAACACAAUUCGAUGAAAUAUUGAACAUAUACAAUCCCCUCAAUUUAGGCCAUCUUCAAUAUUUCGUCUUAACUUUCCAUUUUGAUGACAUGGAAUUCAGAGGCAUUAAAUAUGAACUCUCCCGGUGUGAAACUUGAUAGUCAAACAAAGUGAUAGUCCACAAAGCA